UUGUAAACAGAAAAUGACAGCUUAGUAUGCGCGUGCAUUUCCGAUUGGGUUGAGGGUUCCACUUACUUAGAUAAUGAAUUGAAGAUCUGUGUGUUUAUGAGUAAGGUAUUUGCCCUUAUAGCAGUGUGUGUGUGACACACUGUAUGAAACAUUACGUCCCAGCACAUCCGUGUAUUCUGCGCCAUCUGCUCUGUGUGAAUUGGUAAUUAAGCUGCCAUGUCCGCAUUUUCGGAAGCGGCACUGGAGAAGAAGCUGUCAGAGCUAAGCAACUCUCAACAAAGCGUACAGACCCUGUCCCUGUGGCUAAUCCACCAUAGGAAGCACUCUAAGGUUAUCGUCACCGUGUGGGACAGGGAGCUGCGCAAAGCAAAGUCCAAUAGAAAACUGACAUUCCUUUAUCUGGCAAAUGACGUCAUUCAGAAUAGUAAAAGGAAAGGCCCAGAAUUCACAAAAGACUUUGCACCCGUUAUAGCGGACGCCUUUAAACAUGUGGCAAGUGAGACUGAUGAAAACUGUAAAAAACACUUAAGCAGAGUUCUUUCUAUUUGGGAAGAAAGAGCAGUUUAUGAGAAUGAUGUAUUGCAACAGCUGAAGACGGCGUUAUAUGGAGAGAAAAAGCCAAAGAAACGACCAUAUGAGGAAGUAAAGAGAGUAAAUUUUGAAGAUGAUGACGAUGAUGAUGAUGAAGAUGAAGACGACGAUGAUUCUUCCCCAAAAAACUCCCCUGAGCAACCUCCACAGACAACAGAUCUCAUACAUGCAUUACAAGAGCUUGAGAACGCAGCUUCCGGUGAUGCAGCUGUGCAUCAGAGGAUACGCUCAUUACCUGUAGAGGUCCAAGAUGUGUCUAUGUUGGACAGGAUCACUGAUAAGGACUCUGGUGACCAUCUUUCAAAAAUGGUCGAUGAUGCCUGUAUGUUGCUAGCAGAUUAUAAUGGAAGAUUGGCAGCAGAAAUAGAUGAUCGGAAGCAACUAACCAAAAUGCUGUCAGAAUUUUUAAGAUGCCAGAAAGAAGUCCUUGAGGAGAAGGAACACCAACUGGAAAUGAUUUUUAUAAGUAAAAAAGGGAAAGAUCCAAUUGGUGUAAAAAAAAAUGCUGCUCCCAUAAAAGUAAAUCCGCUUUUCUGGCAGAUAGCUCAAGACGUCAGCAUCAGGUGGAGACAAUCUCUGACAACCGCAAAUGGCCACCACAAAAAGGAGAAAAAAGACAGACUAAGAAUCUGAUAACGCCUUUUUCAUAUCUAGGAACUUCAUAAAAUGUAUACAAAAAACGUUAAGAAUUUAAAUGAAGUGGCUAUCAAUCAGAAUCGAGCACCAAUUUCCGAUUGUUCACUGAUAUUUUUGGCCUGUAACAUCCCUGCUUGUUAAGCACAGUUCUCGACCAAGUACAUUUAGGCUUAUAGUUCAUAAACAGGGCUAUUCUAAUUAUGGAUCAAUCAUAGAAACACCCAAUGCUUUCAAUACAAACUAAUCAUAGAAAUUAUACAACUUUGGUACAAUUAUUCUAAAAGAGUACAAUUUAAAUGUAUACGUUCUUAAACAGGUCUGCUUUUUAAAAUGUAAUCACAAAGAUUAAAUAAAUUACCGUAAAAA